AUGCCCCCAAAGCUUACUCCAACGCAUUUCCUCUGCAUACCCCUCGCUGGGGUGCAGCUAGCCACGGCUCUCACGGCGUUCCGGGCCGACGUUACCAGUGCCAUGAGCUUCGGCCUGCCGGACGACGCCGUUCGGCCCUUGGGAACGCUACACCUGACACUGGGAGUCAUGUCUCUGAAAAAGGACGGUGUAGAAAAGGCAGAUGCUGACACAUCUGCCGCUGUCUUGGCAUUGUCAGGCGGCAGCAAUGAUGGCAGUCACCUCUCCAAGACAAACGGCUUAUCUCUGACAAUACGAGGUCUUCAUUCAAUACAACCAGCAGAAAGGGCUGCUGUCUUAUACGCACCUCCUUCGGAUCCUGAAGGCAUUUUAUACAACUUUUGCAAGCAGCUACAAAAGCCAUUCCAAGACUCUGGAUUAAUGAUUGAUGAAAACCGCCCGCUAUUGCUUCACGCCACCAUUUUCAACACCGUAUAUGUCAAAAACAAUCUCGGCCCCAGGGGAAGCCGGAACAGGCGGGAAAGGUUGACAAUUGAUGCACGCGACCUGUUGAAUAGAUACGAUGACUAUCUGUGGGCCGAAAAUAUGCCCAUCACUCGUGUGGCGCUCUGUAGAAUGGGCGCCAAGCCCAUUCCAGGAACAGACGAUGCGGCAUACGAAGUUGAAGCGGAGGUUGAGUUUGAGCCUUGA